CCUUAAUCGAUUAAUUUUUCUGACAUCAAGCAAGCGUGCUUUUUCCGUUUCCUUUCUACUCGGUGUUUCCCAAGUGGAAUAUCAUUAAGGACGUCCGUUUCUCGACAUGGCUGGUUCGGAUACGGAAGGAGAUGAUGUUCCCACAGUGGCAGGAGCUAUGGAUGUGAUGACUGCCCUGCAGGAAGUCCUCAAAACUGCACUUAUCAGCGACGGGCUCGCCCGAGGUCUCCAUGAAUGUGCAAAAGCACUUGACAAACGUCAGGCCCAUAUGUGUGUUCUCGCCAACAACUGUGACGAGGCCAUGUAUGUGAAACUUGUGGAGGCUCUCUGUGCUGAACAUGGAAUCAACCUCAUCAAGGUGGAUGAUAACAAGAAACUAGGAGAAUGGGUUGGUCUGUGCAAGAUUGACAAGGAGGGCAAGGCCAGGAAAAUUGUGGGAUGCAGCUGUGUUGUUGUUAAAGAUUAUGGAAAAGAAUCACAAGCCCUGGAUGUUCUCAACGAAUACUUCAGAAAUAAGAAAUAACCUGUCAAAAGUGUGCUAAUAAAAUGGUGCAGUUUUGAGGAAAAA